GGCGAAGGUGACGUUCUGGUUGUUGCAACGUCAAACAUCGUCCCCCUGGUCGUGCCAUGCGCAUUGAAGCUUGUUGUUGUUGAGCUUGGUUGUUAUGGCUGGACAAGGCCUCGGACUAAAUUGAGAGAGGACUCCCGUACCACCCCGUCUGUGUUACGGGACACCCGCCACCCAUGGAGGGCACGGACAUGGACGUGGACGCGGAGCUCAUGCAGAAGUUCAGCUGCAUGGGCACCACGGACAAAGACGUCCUCAUUUCGGAGUUUCAGAGGCUGCUGGGCUUUCAGCUCAACCCAGCCGGCUGCGCCUUCUUCCUGGAUAUGACCAACUGGAACCUGCAGGCUGCUAUUGGUGCAUAUUAUGACUUUGAAAGUCCCAAUGUCAACACGCCAUCCAUGUCAUUUGUUGAAGAUGUGACAAUUGGUGAAGGAGAGUCUGUUCCUCCAGAUACACCGUUCACAAAAACUUGGAGAAUACAAAACACAGGUGCAGAGUCGUGGCCACCCGGGGUUAGUCUGAAGUACAUUGGUGGGGAUCAGUUUGGGCAUGUAAACACAGUUAUGGUAAAGUCACUAGACCCACAGGAAAUAUCAGAUGUGAGUGUACAGAUGCGAAGUCCCACAGCUCCAGGCAUGUACCAAGGCCAGUGGAGGAUGUGUACAGCCACUGGAUUAUUCUAUGGAGAUGUAAUCUGGGUGAUUCUUAGUGUAGAGGUUGGAGGUCUCCUUGGUGUGACCCAGCAGCUGUCCUCGUUUGAGACAGAAUUCAACACCCAACCCCAGCGCAACGUGCAGGGAGACUUCAACCCCUUUGCCUCGCCACAGAAGAACAAGCAUGACACCACUGACAACAGCUUCAGAGAUCCCGGUGGAGCCUGGGAACGUACACAAGAGCCAAUCCAGCAAGAUCAAAAUGGACUGUCUCAUAAUGCUGUAAAUAGAGCGUCAAAUGGUCUCCAACCCAAUCUUUCUGUGGUGAGUUAUGGUCAGGGUAUUCAUGGACCCUAUCCGUUUGGACAGAGCUAGAAUGACAAAGACCCCCCCCCUCCUAUAUGGUGGAUGAUGAGCUUAACACCCUGGGAGUCCUAAAAUGCAGAGGAGUCGGAGGGAGGGAGGAACAGUUGUUUUAUUGACUCAUAACAACCCUCUCCCCAACCUCAUGGCCCUUUCCACAGAAAAACAAACUACAGUGGGGUUAAGGAUUACAUCCACUACAAUGAAACAUCCCACCUGACACCAACACCCGGAUCCGCAUGGGUGAAUGUGCUGUAUACCCUUAAAAAUAGAUACACACAACUAUUUUAAUUUCCACUGUAAAACACACCUAAUUAAAGGGAAAAUCAGCCCUAAACAAUCUGCACCAAGUUUGGUAUUCCUAUGGGAAACUGGAUACUUCAGGGUUCCUACACAGGUCUGGAAAUGUUUUGAAAACUGCUGAAAUAAUACAGAAUUAAUUGUUACCACAGAUCAAUUUGAGGCUGUGAAAAGUAUUUAAAAGAAAGACAGAUGGAUUGAAGGAUGCAUGUUUUAGAUGAGAAAAAGUGUCAUUGCCAGUUACACUAGAAAUGUACAAAUAAUUUCUGGUUUUCUUUUAGAUGGCGGCAUUUCACCAGUUUCACACACAAACCUGGUGAAUGGUGUGGGUUGUUAGCUAAUAUGACAAAAACUGCGACCAGUUGUAUCAGACCCAGGUGAAUACAGCAGCAGUGUCUUACGAAAGACUGUCACUGAACUCCAGGUGGAAAAAGACUCCCAUGUUUACAUGUUGUGGGUGUUCUCACAAGUCAGUGGUUUGAAAUAGUUCAGAUUUGGUUGAACAUCUGAGCAAAGUAUGAGCAUAUCCAUUAAAUUUGGGUUUAAUCACCUUGAACAUCUGACUUUGUGAUCUAUUUAAAGAUAAUAAAGCAAUUGUGCGCCUUAAAACAAUACUUUGAGAACAUGUGAUGUAUUGUCAUGUAUCAAGUAUUAGAGGACUAGAAGUUACCAGCCAUAUCUCUCUUUGUAUUAUAUUUAUUACUCAGAUGUUUCGGUUAUAAACAGUGUUCAUCCAUUCAGGCUCAAAUUGAGCAAUUAUGGACCGUCUUUGAAUCCAGGUUGCUUAACCAGGUCAGAUAACGCAUAAGGACCUGCUUACUUCUGCCUGAAAGUACUUUUUUUAAUACUUGCACAAAGAGACAGAA